AACAUCUCCAAGACUCCUGUGGUGCAAACAGCUCUUCACUCAGCAUCUGGGAAGAAAGUCUGCAGAGCUGUUGGGUACAUCACGGGAGACAUGAAGGAAUUUGGAGCCUGGCUAAAAGAUAAACCUCUCGUGAUCCAGUUUAUUGACUGGGUGCUGCGUGGGAUAUCCCAGGUGAUGUUUGUCAACAAUCCCCUCAGUGGGCUGAUGGUGGUUGGUGGCUUCCUGGUGCAGAACCCAUGGUGGACACUCACCGGCUGUUUAGGAACAGUUGUCUCAACUUUAACAGCACUUAUUUUGGGUCAGGACAGAUCAGCCAUAGCAGCAGGUCUGUAUGGCUACAACGGGGUGUUGGUGGGAUUGCUCAUGGCCAUCUUCUCUGCUAAGGGAGACUACCACUGGUGGCUUCUACUGCCGGUAGCACUGGUGUCCACGACAUGUCCUGUUUUCACCAGCGCUUUAGGCUCAGUCUUCUGUAAGUGGGAUCUGCCUGUUUUCACCUUGCCUUUCAACUUGGCCUUGACCCUCUACCUGGCUGCAACAGGAUCACAUAACUUCUUCUUCCCAACAACUGUCAUCCAGCUUGCAACAGCAACACCAAACAUCACCUGGACAGAUGCUGAAAUGCCAUUGCUCCUGCAAUCCAUUCCAGUCGGAGUGGGUCAGGUUUAUGGCUGUGAUAACCCCUGGACUGGGGGAAUUUUCCUUAUUGCUUUAUUUAUCUCUUCUCCGGUCAUUUGUCUGCAUGCAGCAAUUGGAUCAGCAGUGGGGAUGCUGGCAGCACUGAGCUUAGCAACACCUUUUAGUAAAAUCUACUCUGGCUUGUGGGGCUACAACAGCUCCCUCUCGUGCAUUGCCAUUGGAGGCAUGUUCUACGCUUUCACCUGGCAGACACAUUUGCUGGCAAUUGCCUGUGCACUCUUCAGUGCCUACCUGGGAGCAACAGUGACUAACAUGUUGUCUGUGUUUGGGGUGCCAUCAGGAACCUGGUCUUUUUGUUUUUCUGCGCUGACCUUCCUGUUAAUAACCACAAACAACUCUGCCAUCUACAAGCUGCCACUCUCCAAAGUUACCUAUCCAGAAGCCAACCGAGUUUAUUAUCUGAAGAUGAAGAAACAUCAGAGGUCUUGCUGUGAGGUAUAAAGACCCAACAAGAGAGAUAUUUGGCAGAUUUUAAGGCAAGAGUACAAGGUGUUUCCCCAAAAA